AUGCCAGCCAAGAAGGAAGAAAUUAUUGCUGAUUCCAAAGAUUAUUUUGUUCAGGUUAAAGCAACCGUAGAACAGUUAUCAAACGAUUAUAAAAAAAAAUUAAAGUGCGAAAUGGAAAAAAAUGAUCUAGAAGCACAAUUAAUGAAGGCAAUUGGAUUAAUUAAUCCUUCGAACGGGAUUAAUGAUCAAAUUCACAUGAUCAAUGGAUCUAUUAUCGAAUUAAACAGCAGUAUCAAUGAUGCUUUAAAACUUCUUGAUGCAUUAAACUAUGAUUUUGGUGAGAAAGAAAAAAAAUUAUUUCUAUUCUAA